AAUUUUUCUCUCGAGCUCCCUCCUCUCCCUUUGUCAUUCUAGCAGCCUGCUGCCUCUGCAACGUCCCUCCAGCUCUCUCUGUGCUAACUGCCUGCGCCUUAGAUCGGGUGCGUAAAGCAGAAGGAUUAGUUGGGACCUGCCUUGGUGACCCCAUGGCAUCGCCUAGAACCGUUACUAUCGUGGCCCUUUCAGUGGCCCUGGGACUCUUCUUUGUUUUCAUGGGGACAAUCAAGUUGACCCCCAGGCUCAGCAAGGAUGCCUACAGUGAGAUGAAACGUGCUUACAAGAGCUAUGUCCGAGCCCUCCCUCUGCUGAAGAAAAUGGGGAUCAAUUCCAUUCUCCUCCGAAAAAGCAUUGGUGCCCUUGAGGUGGCCUGUGGCAUUGUCAUGACCCUUGUGCCUGGGCGUCCCAAAGAUGUGGCCAACUUCUUUCUACUCUUGCUGGUUCUGGCUGUGCUCUUCUUCCAUCAGCUGGUUGGUGAUCCUCUCAAACGCUAUGCCCAUGCUCUGGUGUUUGGAAUCCUGCUCACUUGCCGCCUGCUGAUCGCCCGCAAGCCUGAGGACCGGUCUUCUGAGAAGAAGCCCUUGCCCGGGAACGCUGAGGAGCAACCCUCCUUGUAUGAGAAGGCCCCUCAGGGCAAAGUGAAGGUGUCAUAGGAAAGAGGAAGUAUAAAAAGUGGACCCUCCAGGCAGUUGCCUAUAUGACACCCAGAAAGAUGUCAGUGUGUUUUUCAUUUGAUUUAUUUAUCUUGAAAAAAGGGAAAAAUAUAAUCUACAAGUUAAUGACCCUAUUGGCUUGUGUACAUCUAUACCCUAAAAUGAUCUCCCCACAUUGGCAUUUGUGCACCACCUUUAGUCACUCUGGGGCAACUCUCACAUCUUGCUGCAUGUACAUGUAAAUGGCUACUAUUGAAGUGUAAUUGUGAGAUGGACUCCAGCAAGCAUGUGACUGUGAGAUUAUGUGCGGGAAAAUAUGUUCAACUGUGUGUGUGUGUG